AUGACUCUCUCCUUUCCACAAUAUAUCGUCUUCAGUCUCUACUUCCUGUGUUUGACCUGUCGGAAACGAAAGACGAGAUGCGCUGGCGAACGGCCUGUUUGCUCUACCUGCACCAAGAACGGCCACCAAUGUCUAGGAUACCCCGAGGAAAUCAAGAGGGAGGAUUGUGAGAAACCGUCGCUGUUGGAUAAGCAGGCCCACGAACGAGACGAGCACGAACCCCGCCACUACCAUGAUGAGAAUAUCAAGAUCGAGAAGGCGUCUAUGCCAGCGCAGCACGUGCCCGAAACUCCAAAUUCACAUGCCACUUCAGGGACGACAAUGUCGCUCGCAAACAUGAUCGAUCCAAAGGUUGAGGACCGCGAAACCCCGAAUGCGAUGGCGCAGAAUGGGCACCACCCUUCCGCUUUACCAACUUCUCCUACUGCUGUGCGACGCUCCGAAAGUCACCGCGUCCCCUAUUUCCGAUACUUUGGUCCAACUGCUAUUGUACCUGGCUUUAAACAAAUGGUUGUUUCUGUGCGCGAUCGCCGGCGCUCGACUGCUGGUUCACUGGCUGGGACAUCGCCGAUAUCAAUACAUAGCGGACCGCAAGGAAGCAGCUCGGCUGUUGGGAGCGAUGUGGUCAGCGAGGAGCUACCUACCUACGACCCAAACGAUUCAGCUCCAGUUCACCCACUAAUAAUCAGUCUCAUUAACACCUUCUUCGUGCAAAUGGGCUCCAGUUACCCAUUCCUUCGACAGUCAAAGUUCUUACGGAUGGUGAAAGAAAAGAGAGUUGAGCCAAUUCUGGUUGACUCAAUAUGCGCUUUGGCCGCCAGGUUCUCCGACUCACCAAUCCUUACAAACGGAAACGACAAAAUGCCAAGGAUGGAAAGGGGCGCAGUGUUUGCGCAAAGAGCCAGACAGGCCACUGUUGAUACGUUCCCAUGUCCGACUGUUGGCGCUGUGCAAGCUUGUCUCCUCAUGGCUUAUGAGGGCUUUGGAGCAGCCCAGGACAGCGCUCUGUGGAUGUAUCUCGGGCUUGCUAUUCGUAUGGCUGUCGACCUGGGGCUGCAAAAAGAGGUGGGAGUUCAGUAUCAUGGUGAGAAGGAUGCUUUGUAUUCUCAGAAUUGGGGCCGCCAUCCGGUUGACGAAGGAAGCUCCGAGGCGAAAGGAGGUGAAUCAAGUCAGCUGAGUGCUCAAGAGCAAAAAGAGCUCGUACAAGAAAGGAUGGAUACGUUUUGGGCGGUCUUUAUUCUUGACCGUGUCAUCUCAUCAGGGACGGGACGACCUGUCACAUUUCGAGAUGACGACUUGGAACUCUCAUUCCCGGAGCCUUUCAUCGAUCCAGCGACUGGUUGGCCAGCUCCCUACCCGAUCUUCCUACAAAUAAUCCACCUCUACGGCCGUGUAUGCGACAUUCUCAACAAAAUUCGCAAUGCGCAGGAUCUCACCAAGGAAACAUGGGACAAGCUUGGUGAGAUGGAGCAUGAGCUGACCAGGCUCUACAAGAGUUGGGACUGGCGGCUACAGUUUAAUGUCAACAACUUCAAAGCGUAUUUGGGAGCAGGUCAGGGCACCACGUUCAUCCUGCUUCAUUUCUGGUUCCAUGCUCUCUUCAUCAUCCUUCACCAGCCGACUCUCCUUACACCCUUUGCUGAACUCCGCAGUGAGUUACAGCUCUUACCAGACAGUCGCGAGCUUAGUAUGAGCAGCGCCAAAACGAUUUGCGACAUCUUGUCUUUUGCAGACUUGAUAGACUCCAAGAGUUUCAUUGGAAAUCCUUUUGUUAGUCAGCCAAUUUACAUUGCAGCUUGCGCCUUCGUGAUGGAGUCGAGCGCAAACGCAUCAGGCUCACCCUCACGGGCCAACUCGCCCCCAGGCGGGCAUCAUCCGGAUGCUCCAGGAGGCAAUAAACCUCGAGAGGCCAAAACCUCACGACACUCUUUGUUGGCUUCGGCAGCAAAUCAGAACUACCAAAAGUGCUUUAAUUCUCUGCAACAGGUGCAAAUGUACUGGGGUGGAGCUACCUAUAUCAUCACUGCAUUGGACCAGAGGGCCAAAGGAAUAUGGGAUUGCGAAACAUAUACAGCGGAAGAGUAUGAGAGCACUAAAGCUGGACGCAAGAGCAGCAGUGGCGCAUUGAACAACCCGUUCCCCAAAUUUGAGAAUAAGGCAUCACCAAGGAUGUCAGGACCGCCUAUAGCAUGGACUCUGGCAGGAACUGCUAAUUCUCCAAACUCGAGCCUGACGCUCAUGUAUCAGAAUCGAGACUCCACGCCGGGAACUGGAGCUCAAACUUCACAGCCGGCACGAGCUCCCAGUACACCACCUGGCAAUAUGAUAUUUGACCCUAUUCGACAGAGUUUACCAGACUCAUCGGGCAUGCUUGCGCCAGCUUAUCCCCAGCCCAACGUCUCAGCUGUGCGGCAAUCGUCCCGACCGGUUGGGCCCCGUCGAACUUCGAACCUUUCAGCGACGAGUACGCAAACUCGUCCUACUGUUCAGUUUGAUGGAUUGCCCGAGGACUGUGAGGCCAAUGACAUUUACACCACUGGGUCGAGGUUUACGCCGACAAAUCCACCUUCUACUGCUUUUGAUACAUACAGUGUCUCGCCACCAACUGCGAUGGCUGAAAAUGGCGUGAACCCAGCCACGACUCUUUCAGGGGCAAACGCCAUGUAUUUUGGCCAAACAAGUUUCCCAUAUGCGAUGCCCUGGGGAAAUAUGGGGAGCAUGGAUGGCAUCACUUUUGACAGCCAGGAUAUAGACAUUGCUGCUUUGGGGCUGCAGCAAUCAGACAUGAUGGGGCCUUGGUUAGACUACAUACCUUCAGAUGUGUUGAGUCUUUUUGAGCACCAGCAUCCGCACAUGGGUCAGGGCGGUCAGUGA